UGAGGGACUUCCCACAGAGAUGAUGCACACAAAAGGAAUGGUUUUGGUGGCAUUGAUGGUGAUGAGUCUAGUGGUGGAGAAUAGUGUUGGAGAGCCGUGCUGUCGCCACCACGGCCACCAUCACGGUCGCCCCCUCGCCAUCGGAGCUCUCGCCUUCGCAGGGGGAUACAUAGCCGGCCAUCACCACCAGCACCACCACGGUGGCGGCGGCGGCUGCUACAACUGUGGCUGCGGCGGGUGCGGCGGCUCCUGCGGAUGGUGCGGUGGCUCCUACUACGGGAGGAGACGUCGUAGAAGCAUUGCAGAGUUCGUGGAGGAUGCAAAGGUGCUGGAGAUGUACGCCAAGAUCGCGGCCGAGGACAAGGACGAGUGCGGCCUCCGCCUGGUGUGCGAGCUGGCGCAGAAGGACCCGCGGGAGCUCGCCCAGGACGAGAUUCAGAUCCUUCUGCCGUACCGAGGCGCCGGCCCGAGCGACGGCAGCGUGUAUGGCGCGUACGACGAGGCAGCGUGGCACGGCCAGGAGGGCCACAGCUGCGCCGCCAGCUACCCGCUCUGCGCCUUCGCCGCGCAGCAGGUCAUGGAUGAAUACAGGAAAUACUCCUCGAAUAACACUGCUAUCACUCUCGACUAAAUCUGAGAGGGAAGUCAUUACUCUUGAUUGGUUAUUCUUUCUCUGCAAGCUGAGCGAACAGAUGCUUUGAUAACGUCGACGCCAAUGAAAUCAGUGAGGAAUUCAAUAAAGAAGCUCUGCAGCACUAUAAAGAAUAACGACGAUAUUUUGUCUAGGACACAGUUUCUCAUGUACAGUGAUACCUCGCCCUGUUUCGGCAAUUUGUUAUACCAUGCACUGUAACUAAUGUUUCUUUGUUUACAUUGGACAGCGUGUUAAAUGACUUGUUACAUAAACAAUUAAAAAAAAAUGACUGCAUGAUUUACCCAAGAUCUUUGUUGCCCAGAAAUAUUAGAAAACACGAAAUGGGAAGAAGGGAAGCAUUGUUAUAAAGAUGAGGGAUGGUGAAAUAGAAAAUGAAAUAGAUACAGAAU